CUCUCUGGGUUCCAAAAGAGAAGCUCGCCCUGCAAGGAAUCCUAUCUGCUUAUUUCUUCUUUAGCUUCAUCCCUCAUCCCGGUGGGGCUUGGAACUUUCCAGCAAUUCUUUUCCUUCCUCGUAUCUCUCUGAGCCCUUGCCUGGCUGUGCCUGUCACGGGGAGAAAUCAGUCACCCGCGGGCCUCCAGCGCUCUGAGACUCUGUGAAAUUUGUCAUACGGGUGUCAGGUAUUUCUUAUUGCUGUCCAAAAAAAAGUGAGAUAAAGAACUCUCCCGGAGCAUUUGAGCCUGCACUCAGAGGUGAAGGAGCUGAAAAGUAGCCAGCCUUAAAGCAGCUAAAUAAAAGAUGCCCCGGGGCCGAAGGCUGACCUGGCUAGAAGCUCUGGGGGUCCAGCGCUCGGACCUCGCCUGCUCUGUGCUUUAGCAACUUAAAAGCCACCAUCUGUUGACCUUAGAACCACAGAGACCAUGCAGCUCUCACUGGCUUUCCUGCUGGUGGUUUUAAAGAUUGGUGUAGUCACCGUCACAGCACAGCAGCACGGGAACUGUCAGCUAGGUCCUCCGGAGAGAAGCGGGACCUCCAUUUGUGCAGGGCCUGCACCCUUCCUAAUUUUCUCAUAUGGAAAGAGUAUCUCUCGGAUUGACCCAGAAGGAACAAAUCAGCAGCAGUUGGUGGUGGAUGCUGGCACCUCCAUAGUCAUGGAUUUUCAUUACAAGGAGGAGAGACUCUAUUGGGUGGAUUUAGAGAGACAACUUUUGCAAAGAGUUUUCCUUAACGGGUCAAGGCAAGAGACAGUGUGCAGUGUAAGGAAGAAUGUUUCUGGGAUGGCCAUAAACUGGGUCGAUGAAGAGAUUCUCUGGGCAGAUCAACAGGAGGGAGUCAUCACCGUAACAAAUAUGAAAGGGAACAAUUCCCGCGUUCUUCUGAGUUCCCUGAAACAUCCGGCAAAUAUAGCAGUGGAUCCAAUAGAGAGGUUGAUAUUUUGGUCUUCAGAGGUGGCCGGCCACCUUUACAGAGCAGAUCUCAGCGGCGUGAAUGUGAAAACACUGCUGGAGACGCAAGAGCGGGUAUCGAUACUGACCCUGGAUGUCCUUGACAAGCGGCUCUUUUGGGUUCAGGACAGUGAAGAGGGAAGACAGGCUUACGUCUAUUCCUGUGACUAUGAUGACGGUUCCAUCCAUCUUACCAGACAUCAAAUACAGCACCGUUUGUUUGCAAUGGCCCUUUUUGGUGACCGUAUCUUCUAUUCAGUGUUGACAAAGAAGGCAAUUUGGAUAGCCAACAAACACACCGGGAAGGACAUGCUGAGACUCAACUUCAAUUCAUCUUUCAUGGUGCCCGGAGACCUGAAAGUCGCGCACCCACGCCUACAGCCCCGGACCGCGGGCGGUGCUCAGGCUUCUGACUCGGAACUUUGCGAACAGAAGAGAAGACAGUGCCGUUACAGCCUGUGUGAGCGAGGCCCCAAGUCCCACGCGUGCGCAUGCGCUGAGGGCUAUGCAUUAAGCCGAGACCGGAAGUACUGCGAAGAUGUCAACGAGUGUGCCUCUCAGAAUCAUGGCUGUACUCUUGGGUGUGAAAACACCCCUGGGUCCUAUUACUGCACAUGCCCUACUGGAUUUGUUCUGCUUCCUGAUGGGAAGCGAUGUCACGAACUUGUUUCCUGUCCAAGCAACGGGUCAGAAUGCAGCCAUGGCUGUGUUCUGACAUCAGAUGGUCCCCUGUGUAUCUGCCCUGAAGGUUCAGUGCUUAAGACAGAUGGGAAAACGUGCAGUGGUUGUUCAUCACCUGAUAAUGGUGGAUGCAGCCAGAUCUGCCUUCCUCUCAGCCCAGUAUCCUGGGAAUGUGGCUGCUUUCCUGGGUAUGACCUACAAUUGGACCAGAAAAGCUGUGCAGCUUCAGGACCACAGCCAUUUCUACUGUUUGCCAAUUCUCGGGACAUCCGACACAUGCAUUUCGAUGGAACAGACUAUGGAACUCUGCUCAGCCGGCAGAUGGGGAUGGUUUUCGCCCUGGAUUAUGACCCUGUGGAAAGCAAGAUAUAUUUUGCACACACGGCCCUGAAGUGGAUAGAGAGGGCUAACAUGGACGGCUCCCAGCGGGAAAGAAUUAUCAAGGAAGGUGUAGACACACCAGAAGGUCUUGCUGUGGACUGGAUAAGCCGGAGAGUCUACUGGACAGACAGUGGGAAGUCUCUCAUUGGAGGAAGUGAGUUGAAUGGGAAGCACUUUCAAGUAAUCAUCAAAGAGGGCAUCUCGAAGCCACGAGGAAUAGCUGUGCAUCCGGAGGCCAGGAAACUGUUGUGGACGGACGUAGGGAUAUAUCCACGGAUUGAAAGCUCUUCCCUUCAAGGUUCCGGCCGGGCGCUGGUAGCCAACUCUAAUCUAUUGGAGCCCAGCGGCAUUGCGAUUGACUAUUUAACCGACACUUUGUAUUGGUGUGACACCAAGCUGUCUGUGAUUGAAAUGGCCAAUCUGGAUGGUUCCAAACGCCGAAGACUUGUCCAGAACGAUGUAGGUCACCCAUUUGCCAUAGCCGUGUUUGAGGAUCACGUGUGGGUCUCUGAUUGGGCUAUCCCAUCGGUAAUAAGGGUGAACAAGAGGACUGGUCAAAAUAGGGUACGUCUCCAAGGCAGCAUGCUGAAGCCCUCGUCACUGGUUGUGGUCCAUCCAUUGGCAAAACCAGGUGCAGAACCCUGCUUACACAAGAACGGAGGCUGUCACCAUAUCUGCCGAGCGAGCUUCGGGACUGCUCAGUGUUUGUGUCAUGAAGGUUUCGUGAAAGCCCAGAAUGGGAAAAUGUGUCUUGCUCAGAAGGAUCAUCAGAUUCUGCCUGGUGACAACACUGAUGUAAGGAAAGAGAUCACAUCGCUGGACAACUCCACUAAGGCUGAAGUACCAGAAGAUAACAGUGCAGAGCCCCAGCACGCACUAGUGGCUGAGAUCAUGGUGUCAGAUCAAGAUGACUGUGGCCCCGAGGGGUGUGGCAGCCACGCUCGCUGUGUCUCAGAGGGAGAGACCGCUGUGUGUCAGUGUUUGAGAGGAUUUUCUGGGGAUGAAAACCUGUGUUCUGAUGUAGAUGAAUGUGAACUGGGCAGCUCAACCUGUCCUCCCACCUCAUCCAAGUGCGUCAACACUGAAGGUGGCUAUGUCUGCAGGUGCUCAGAAGGCUACGAAGGAGAUGGGAUCUACUGUCUUGAUAUUGAUGAGUGCCAGCAGGGGGCGCACAACUGCGGCGAGAAUGCCACCUGCACCAACACGGAGGGAGGCUACAACUGCACCUGCGCAGGCCGCCCUUCUGCACCUGGACUGGCUUGCCCUGGCUCUACCUCACCCUCUAUCCUUGGGGAAGAUGGCCACCAUUUGGUCAGAAACAGCUACCCAGGAUGCCCAGCGUCACAUGAUGGAUACUGCCUCCAUGGUGGUGUGUGCAUGUAUGUUGAAGCAGUGGACAGCUACGCAUGCAACUGUGUUGUUGGCUAUGUCGGGGAGCGAUGUCAGCACCGAGACUUGCGAUGGUGGGAGCUGCGCCAUGCUGGCCAUGGGCAGGAACGCGACAUUACUGUGGUGGCUGUCUGUGUGGUGGCGCUGGUCCUGCUGCUCCUCUUGGGGAUCUGGGGGGCUCACUACUACAGGACUCAGAAGCAGCUGUUGAAAAACCCAAAGAACCCCUAUGAAGAGUCAGGCAGAAAGAGGACCAAUAACGGGCCUGAGAACAGUGAGGCUGGGAUGUCUUCUUGUCCCCAACCAUGGUUUGUGGUCCUAGAGGAACACCAAGACCCCAAGAAUGGGAAUCUGCCUGCGGUUGGCACGAACGGCCCAGCGGUGGAUGCUGCCCUACCUUCCUCCCUGCAGCCUGGGUCAGUGCAUUUGACUUCAUGGACACAUAAGCCCCACAUCUACGGAGUGGGCACAGGGCAAAGCUGCUGGAUGCCACCAUCAGGUGACAGAGGACCCCAGGAAGUGGAGGGAAACUACUCCCACUUACCCUCCUACAGGGAAUGGCCCCUAGCUGCGGGGGCUGAGAGGCUGCGCUCUCUCCAGUCAGCUAAUGGAUCGUGUCAACAAAGGGCCCCAGAUCUACCACACCAAACGCAGCCAGUUCAGUCGAAACUGGACGUAGACAGAAGGUGAAAGAACAACCAGGCUGAUGGACGGGAUAUUUACUUUUAAAAAAUAGUGUAGUGCAGAUUUGGCCCUCCAAUCUCUAUGGCUAGUCAGUGCUCAGUGCCCUGAGGAUAGCUGCAUAGCUACAAAGCUGUAAUUUUUGCUUCUUCUUCAAGCAGUCCCAUUAAAGACUUUCAAAAGAGAACUGAAGGAAAUCAGUAGAAACCAAAGUCAAGACAUCCACAUGUUCUAAGCUGUGCCUUCUUCGAUAGACUGGUUCUUUUUCUUGUUGCCUCAGAAGAAAUGGGUUAAAGCAGGUGAUCACAUGUUAUCUUGUCAAUUGCAAAUUAAAUUAUAUGGUCUACACAGAAGCCUUAGCUCCAUCUCAUGAAAUGGUUGGAACAUUGUAACUAUUGCUAAGA